AAAAAGUUUUCAACAAAAACAUUUUUUCUUUAAUUUUUACUAAAUUUAUACAAAAUUAAAUUCAAUAAUUUUAGUUUAAUUUUGAAUUAGGAACGUCUUUGAACACUUUAGUUUAGACAGUAUUCAUAAAUGGAAUGGAAUGGAACGAGAAAUUAAAGAAAUAAAAAUUUGCUAUGGAACAAAGGUUUAAUAGUGAUAAUGAUUAUCAAAAUUUGAGAAAUGAUCUGACCAACGAAAAAAUUAGUCAAUUGGAAUCAAAAAUCGAAGAACAAAAGCAAUUGAGACUUCAAGAUGCAAAGCAAGUGGAAUUAAAGGCAGCAAGAAUUAAGGAAUGGGUACAAAAUAAGUUACGUGAUCUAGAGUUUCAAAAUCAGCAAUUAAGAGAACAAAAUGUCAAAUGUAAUCAACAAUUAGAUGUUUUAAAGAAACAUAUUGCUACUCAAAAUAGCCGCUAUAAUACACACAGUCCUCAUCAAUCAGUUCGUUCAAGUCUUAGUUUAUCAUCAGAUUAUAGAAAUCGCGGAGAGCAUCGUCGCAGUGAAUCAUUAGAUACAAAGUUUAAGACUAAUAAUCAAUUUAUAGUAUCUAGUCAUUCGCAUCAUUCGCAUCAUCAUCAUUUUAUUCGACGAUCACAAAAUUAUUCAAUGGAUCCACAAGACAUUAUCGACAACUUUACUGUUGAAGGAUUAAAUCUCAUAACAUCCAGUAAGAAUGGACACAAUUCAAUGACGCAUGAUUAUGCUGAAAUUUAUACGCCGUCUGUCGAAAAGAAGCCAUUAGAUUCUUGGACAAAAACUUUGGCUAGUAGCUCAUCACCUACCUCAAGUUCUGCAGAUUAUGUCACAGCAAAGCCUCCAACUCCUCCAUUACAUCGAUUCCCAUCAUGGGAAGCUAAAAUUUAUGAGGUCGCAAAUGAUGGUCUUGCUGGUGAAGAUAGUGAUCAGGAUGUGUCUAGUACGAAUGUUGACUCUUUACCACGAAUGCAAGCUACACUUAGUGGAUAUGUUGAUAUAAAUAUUCCAGUUUAUGCAACCGUGAAAGGAAGAGCAUCACAAAUUCGUUCAGUUCCAUUUUCUGGUGAGUCAAGUGACGACUCUAGUGAUGCUGAAGAAAAUAUGGCCUCAAUUCCAUGUACUCAAUUUAACAACUCUCAUCAUUCUACAUGCACUGAUAAUACGGAAACAAGUAUGAGUGGCUCAAGUCCAUCAAAGAGCUUAAAAACCUCAUCGAGCCUAUCGCCUGCAAAACAUCAAAGUGCUGAAUCCGAUAGUCCACAAAUCAAGAAUAAAGAAGUGCUUUUUGAAAAUGAAACAAUGGAUUAUGCUAUUCCACCAGAUGCCAUUUCUAAUAAUGAUGCUUUAUCCAUGCAUGCUUCAUUGCCGUCAAUCAUGAGAGCAUCAUACAUUGAUUCGCCGAAUAAGAAAACAGAAACGCUUGAAAAAACUGGUCAUUUAGUUAAGCUUGGUGGAAAAUUGAAAACAUGGCGAAAGCGAUGGUUUGUUUUAAAGAAUGGUACAUUAAUGUAUUGGAAGAGUCAGCAUGAUAUUAAUAAAAAAGCUCAAGGCGAAAUUGCUCUCGAUGAUGCAUGUCGAAUAACACAUACAGAAGGAGCUUCCACUUUCGAAAUUGAUACCGGAAAGAAGGUUUAUUAUCUGACAGCCGAUUCAAAUGCAUUAAUGGAUGAUUGGGUGAGAGUCUUACAGAAUGUUCAAAAGAGAAAUGCAGCGAAAUUGUUAUUAAGUAAAGAGGAUCAAAAGGCAACAGUCGAAGGAUGGUUGACUAAAGUCAAGAACGGUCAUGCAAAGCGAUGUUGGUGUAUAUUAUUAGGAAAAAUGUUUUUAUACUUUAAAACGCCACAUGAUGUAAAUCAACUUGGUCAAAUUAAUAUGCGCGAUACUCGAGUCGAAGAAAUGUCCAAUUCAGACUCUGAUUCCGAAGAAAGUGAUGAGCAAUCACAAAAUACAAUUGCAAUUCAUCCACAACAAGGUGGACCAACGUAUUUGAUUUUAACGGAUAAGCAGGAACGUGAUAAUUGGCUCUAUCAUUUGACAAUUGUUUCUGGUGGUGGCUUAAAUUCUGGCACUCAAUUCGAACAAAUAGUUCAAAAAUUAAUGGAGGCUGACGGUGACUCAAAUAGUGUUUUGUGGAAACAUCCAAUCAUACUAUACUCGAAAGACUAUUUAACGACCCCAUUGACAUCUCUCAAUUCAGAGGAAUUACAGAAUGAAGCAUUGAAGCUUUUUAAGAGUUGUCAGCUAUUUUUGUCGGUAGCUAUCAAUCAAGGCGCCGGUAUUGAUUAUCAUGUUGUGUUGGCACAAAACGCUCUGCAACAUGCUUUGGAUAUUCCAGAACUACAAAACGAAAUGAUUUGCUGCUUGAUAAAACAAACAAGUCGCCAUACUGGACAAAAAUUGAGCACAAGCGCUGGUGUUCAGGUAAACACAAAGAAAUUGGGCAAACAAACCCGACAAUUACUGCUAUGUGCAACUCAGAGUUUAUUUACUUGUGAUACUCAACAACAAAAUGACUCAAAUUCUGUUGGAAAUGGUAGCUCGCCGACAUCCAAUCAAAAGAUCCCACACAUUCCGGCCAUCGAUUGUAAAUCGAAUCCACCAAAUUAUACAUUUAUUCAAGGAUGGCAAUUAUUGUCAUUGGCUGUAUCGCUAUUUGUACCGAAAAAUAGUCGCUUAUUGUGGUUUCUAAAACUACACUUGAAACGUUCCAGUGAUACGAAAACAGAUACCGGAAAGUAUGCGUCUUAUUGCGAGCGAGCACUUGAAAGGACUAUAAAGAAUGGAGGACGUGAAGCAAAACCGUCGCGAAUGGAAGUCUUGUCAAUAUUAUUAAAGAAUCCAUAUCAUCAUUCAUUGCCACAUUCAAUUCCUGUUCAUAUGAUGAAUGGAGCUUAUCAAGUGAUCUCUUUUGAUGGAUCGACUACAAUUGAAGAGUUCCAAACGACACUUGUACAAGAAAUUGGAUGUCGAGAUUCAACCAAUGGAUUUACAUUAUUCAGUGAUGAUCCUAUUGAGAAAGAUCUCGAGCAUUAUCUCGAUCCACAAGCCAAGUUAUGUGAUGUAAUUUCAAAAUGGGAAACGGCAUUGCGAGAAAAGGGAUCUGGAAAGUUUGAAAAUUCGAAAGUCAUUCAAUUGACCUAUAAAAGUCGAUUAUAUUGGAAGCAUACCGUAAAAUUAGAAACUGAUAAGGAACGCUUAUUGUUGUGCUAUCAGAUCAAUCAGCAAAUUGUUCAAGGUCGAUUUCCAUUAUCGAGAGAUUUAGCACUGGAAUUGGCAUCUUUAAUGGCCCAAAUAGAUAUGGGUGAUAUUGGUGAAAAAACAAAAGGAACGACACGAAUAAGAAGUGGAAUUGACAAAUUUUAUCCAUAUAGAUAUCGAGACGUUUUAACAGCUGAAGGCUUAAUUGAAUUACAGGAAGUUUUGGCAUCAAAAUGGGCACUGCUUAAAGGACGAUCCGUUAUUGAUUGUGUUCGAAUUUAUCUUACAUGUGCUAGAAAAUGGAGUUUUUUUGGAGCGUCAUUGUUUCAAGCAAAACCUCGUCACAUGGAUCAAGCUAUGAUUUGGCUUGCUGUUUCUGAGGACGCAUUACACAUUUUAGAUUUAUCAUCAAUGUUACCACUAGCUCGCUAUUCAUAUAGUAUGGUUUUGACUUUUGGUGGACUGCAAGAUGAUUUUAUGCUAGUUGUCGGUCCAGAAGACACUUUGAAUACAAACUUAGAACAAAAACUUUUAUUUGCAAUGAGCAAACCAAAAAUCUUAGAAAUUACUUUAUUGAUUGCUGACUAUAUGAAUGUUCUUGGACACGCUUUACCAGGAACUCCACAGAUGAAUACCUUAACUAGAAAUGGCAGUUAUAGAAGUGCAAAGUCAAAACUGGCAUCGUCGACGACUGGAACGACAGCUCACAAUACUUUGAAUUCGCAUGCAUCGCAUACAUUAAACUCCUGCACUAAUACUAUGUACUCGACAGCGCUUGGAUCUGAUUUUAAGAAUUCUCUCGAUCGUUCAAAAUGAUAUUAAUUUAGUGAUAUAUAUUGACAUGAAUGUCCAACUAUUCGCUUCAUAGUAAUACCUAUAUAUCCUACAAACAAGUAAUACGUCAUUGUAAUAUGACGGAAUUUAUGAACUCAUGAAAAAACCAAAAUUAUAGAAUUUAAGAUGAAUAUGCUGAAUAUAGAAUUUGCUUUUAAAUGCUUUUUGAAAUAUUUUAAAAUAUGUUGUAUAAUCGAUAGAGAUGAAUGGACAAGUAUUAGGGAUCUUUUUCGACAAAGUAUUCUUUUUUUUGUGAAAAAAGGUAUACACACGACAUCCAUAGACUUUGUGAAUUUUUUUGACAAUGAAGGAAGGUCCAUUUGACAAUUAAUUAAUUUAGAUGAAUAAUGCAUUUUUGAGUAACGUAAAAAGUGUAGAUAGAAACUUUGUAAAAUGAUUUCUUUUCUUCUUUAAUUUAACAGUAUUGACUCUCUUUACCUUUUUGUUCUUGAUGCAUUUCAGUUUGAUAGGAUUUUUUUUUUUGAUAUUAAUUAACUUUUUUUGUGACUGCAUUUUUCUUAUUAGAUUUCCUGACAUAGAAUGAUUUAACAGAAAUGGAAACUUAUUGAUCAUGACAAACGAAUGUAAUCUCAACAUAUGAUAAUUUUUUUCUUCUAUUUAAUCUUUAUUAAUCUGCUGUAUCUAUCAGGGCCUCGUCACAAACAAAUUGUACGUGAGUAACGCUAUGUUUUUCUUGAUUAUCUCCUCAUCAUUAAAAGUGACAAAUUUAAGAGUUACUUUUUUAAAAAGAGAAUUAAAAUCUCCAUCUAUUGUUGUACCAUUCACUUCUUGAAGGUAACAGUUACUUAAAAAAUCACUUUAACUAGGCUUUACUCAUGUACAUUUUUUGGGAAUUUUGCUACGUCUCAUUGCUGUUUAUUGAAUUUGAAAUCACCAAAUGUAUAUUUUGAGGUCAGAAAUUUAAUUCUGUUCUUUUUGAGUUGAUAAAAAAUUUAAAAUUGUUGCGUUAACAUACUUAAUUGGACAAAAAUGCUAUCGGUUUAAAAAUUUUUGAAUUUUUUUGGUUGUCAUUUGUUUGUUUACAAACACAAUUCAAAGUGAAAUUUAAAAGUCCCGUAAAUAUCACUUAGUAAUGAUUUAGAAGCUCUUAAAAUAGUCAGAACAGCUAAUGUUUCAUCUUUAUUUCGUAUUCCAUUCUUAAUAUUUGGGAUUAAAUUUGAAUAAUUAAGAAUUUUGAGAAUUUAAUUUUUGAUGUUUUUUUAAGGUGGUGUUAGUGAAAAAUCCUUAAAAAACGUCGAGGCCCAUCACUUCAAUUAUUUUUCACGAUAUUUUGACCUAUAAAGUGAAUUCAAGAUGUGAAAAAGAAUUGAAUUAAAUAGAUUUUAUAUAUAACAAUGAUUAGAAUUGUCA